AGCGGUCAUGCAGAACAGCACGGCGGUUCGGUGCGACCCCGGAGCCGUGGAGCGCAUCUCCAUCGCCGCUCUGUUCUCCUUCAUGUGCGCUCUCGGCACCGUCCUCAACCUGUUGGUCAUCGGUCUGGUGUUGAGCUUCAAGAAGCUGCGCACUGCAAGCAAUGCCUUCAUCGUGAACGGCUGCGCGGCUGACCUGCUCGUGUGCGCCUUCUGGAUGCCGCACGAGGCGGCCGUGGCGGCUUCAGUGCCAUCUCCGCUCUCCGGCGCCGCCCCCCGGGACGCGCUGCUUUUCCUCGGCGCCACCGUGUCGCUCCUGUCGCACUCGCUGAUCGCCGUGAACCGCUACGUGCUGAUCACGAAGCCCCCCGCCGCCUACCACGCGCUCUACCAGCGGAGGCGCGCGCAGGCCAUGAUCGCAGCGUCGUGGCUCGUUGCGCUCGCGUGCUUGCUGCUGCUGUGGCUCGCGGUGGCCCGUCGGCCGGCGUUCGCGUGCGGACUGACGCUGCUGAUGCUGCUCUCCGAGCCCUGGGCCGCCGCCACGCUCGCGCUCACCAUCCUCGGCCAGACCGCGGUUGUGACGUACUGCUACUUCAAGAUCUUCCGGCGCGUGCAGAUCAGCGCCAAGCGCGUGAGCGUGCUGCACUUCCAGCUCGUCAACAACCUGCCGUACUCGUUCCCGAGGAAGGACAAACGGCUCGGCGUGCACGUGCUCGCGGUGUGCCUGGUGUUCGUGUUGACCACCGAGCCCGUGCUGUGGACCCUCAUUGCGGGCCUGUUCGCUCCCGUACCGGCGGCGUUCUGCACGUGCGCCUGGCUCCUCUUCUGCUCCGUCUUCGUGUCCGACCCGUUCCUGUACACGUGGAAGAACGAGGAGUUCAGAAAGGCGUUCAGGUCCGUCCUGAGAAGGGACUUCUGGCGAGGCCCCACCGUGGCCGCUGAGCCCGUUACCGUCAGCACCGUGUCUCACGUUUUCCCCCGACAGAACAGCCGCAGGGCGUUUUUAGCCGAGAUGAGCUAAGCUUCAACUCAUGCGGUUUUUCACGCGCCCUCACCUCACUGACUUUCUCCUACAGUGCAGCCCGGGUCCCUGCUCCAACCAUCAUCCCUGCUCCAACCAUCAUCCCUGCUCACUGACACUCUCUCAGAACCGCGUCCUAAACUGCACCUUUUCUGGUCACUAUGAUGGUACCAUCAGGUCCCCAUCCUUUCUCAUGUAACAUUUACAAAAUGAUUGAAGAUACAUCUUCUUCUUCUUCUUUUGGCUGCUCCCGAUUAAGGGUCGCCACAGCGGAUCUUUCGUCUCCAUCGCUCCCUGUCUUCAGCAUCCUUCUCUACCACACCUGCCACUUUCAUGUCCUCUCUUGCCACAUCCAUGUAUCUUCUCUUUGGCCUUCCUCGUUUCCGUGUGCCUGGCAGCUCCAUCCUCAACAUUCUCCUUCCAACAUGCUCUGCAUCUCUUCUCAGGAUGUGCCCAUACCAUCUCAGUCUCAUCUCUCUUAGCUUAAAAUGAUUGAAGAUACAUAAGGUACAUAAAUAAUCAUUCACUACAUUCAUCACAAAUCUCUGUUCCAUUCUGAUUUACUGCUCACAUCCAGGUUUUAGUUUUAACAAAAUGGAGGCAGCUCAAGCAACUGAUCACCUAAUAUCGAUUAUAAAGUGAAUGUGUUGGCAACUGUGAAUUUAAAAGAUCUGUAUCAGAUUUUAAUGCUACAUAUACACUGUCAACCCUUUUAUAUAUAUAUAUAUAUAUAUAUAUAUAUAUAUA